AUGCCUCGGAUUUCACAUACACCAGAAUCUGUGCUUCCUCGCUCAGAUUCACGAAAUCCUGCUACCACAUGUAGAGGUAUCACGACACAAGGCCGGCCUUGUCGCCGCGCUUUAGCCUCAUCUACGACGCCAUCGCCAGCUUCGACGCCUCGAAAGAGAGGUGCUCCACAUGGAGUGCCCGACAUGGCAUCCUUGUACUGCUGGCAGCAUAAGGACCAAGCAGUGUCCUCUGCUACCGCUUGCAGUGACUCUAUCAGUCCGGUUAAGCCUAGGACUAGCAUCGACACACUAUUGGACAGACUCGGUGUCCUCGAGAUUAGUGAUAAACCACCUCAUAGCAAAAGGCCUCAAAAUCAGAGGCCAAGCCAGUAUGGCUUAAGUGAGAAGCGUCGUCCAAGGAGAACGUUCUGCUGUUUUGAGAUCGUGGACGAUGGUGAAGAUCAUAGGCCGCCAGCACCUGUUCCAAGACCUGUGCAAACUCGUCCGGCACCGGGCAAGUCAUCCAUGCCUCAAAAACAGUACCGAUAUGGACAGUGGCCAAGUCCAAAUCCACGCCCACAGCAGAUAAGAGUGUCUUCAAAUGGACAGCGAUUAUCUGCUCCACAGACACCGACUCGGCCAUCUCUACCCAACAACAGACAGUCCUCGUCGUCCUCGCACACCCCAUCGCUACUAUCAUGGAUUCCCAAAUCACUUUCACCCCAAACGACAUCGUCACUUCUCGCAGAACUAGCCAAACCCAUCUCUAGUGCCGAUGAUGAGGGCUAUAUCUAUAUGUUCUGGGUGACACCUCAAACUACUACAACAAAUGCACACCCGCCACUUCCAAGGGAUAUCGCAGCGGCAAUCCUACCAUCCACCCCACAAACCCACGACAAUCUCCGCCCACCACCUCGGCCUCGUAGCGUUAGCGAUGCUCUGCGCGCAGCCAGGGAUCUCAACGCCCUAACAACCAAUCCAACAUCAACUACGCCCGGAUCUAUCCGAUUGAAAAUCGGCCGCACGAGCAACGUGCACCGUCGACUGGCCGAGUGGACUCGACAGUGCUCUCAUGACUUGACCCUGAUCCGCUACUAUCCCUACACACCUUCGUCUGCAUCCUCAUCUCCAGCGAGGACUCCCGCCUCUCGACAACGGGCUGGUAGUAAUGCUGGUCCAGCAGCAUCUCUCCUACCAGGCAGAAAGGUCCCGCAUGUCCAUCGUGUGGAACGGCUGAUUCACCUUGAGCUAACGGAUUUGCGAGUGCGCGAUCUUGGUCAAUGUGGUGAGUGUGGGAAGGAGCAUCGGGAAUGGUUUGAGGUUGAGGCGGCGAAGGAAGCACUACGGAGAGUUGAUGAGUGUGUGCGACGAUGGGUCUCGUGGGGAGAGUCUAUGGCAUGA